UAUAUGCGGAAGUGGAUGCUCACAAAAGGCCAAAUACGAAGAAACAACGUAAGCGCUCCCCUCUGUAAGUUCGAAAGUUCCAUUGUUGAGACUUGAGAGUUGAGAGUAUUAACCAUCCACAGACUUCAUUUUACCUUCUGGGUUCUUUUGAUUAUUCCUCAAACCUGUUUGUUUCUGAGAGAUCUUAAUCUACUGUCUAUGUUUAAGAAAAAAAUUGUAUAUUUUCUAUUAUUUCCUGUUUAAAAUAGUUUAAUAUUGUUACAUUCGAGUAAUUCUUUUUUAAUUAUAAUGCAGUUUUUUUGUAUUUGGGGGCUUCAAAAUAGUAGAGGUUUUGUUGGAGUAGUAGAGAAAAGCGCGGUUUAGCACAUGUUCGACGAAAUGUCUCGAUGAAGAAAUUGAAAUGCACCCAAUAAUUUGAAAGACAAGUUUGUGUGGCAGCGAAGCGGAUCACAAUGAGUGUUGUAUGGCCAAGGCUUCUAACUCCUAAUAACCUUUCUCAGAUCAUAAAAAAGCAGAAAAAUCCACUGACAGCUCUCAGAAUUUUUAAUGAAGCUCUAGAGAGAUGCCCCAGUUAUCGACACAAUGGUCCGGUUUAUGCUACAAUGAUUGGCAUUCUUGCAAGUUCGAAUCGAAUCAUGGAAAUGAAAGAAGUUAUUAAUCAGAUGAGAGAGGAUUCUUGUGAGUGUAAGGAUAAUGUUUUUGCCACUGCUAUACAGACUUAUGCAAGUGCUGGAUUAUUGAAUGAAGCUGUUGCGCUUUUUAAGAACCUUUCACAAUUCAAUUGUGUGAAUUGGACAGAGUCUUUUAAUACCCUUUUGAGGGUAAUGGUGAAAGAGUCCAAGCUUGAAGACGUUCAUCAAAUAUUCUUGGAGAGUUGUUAUGGAUGGGAAGUGAAGUCUCGAGUUCAGUCGCUGAAUUUGCUAAUGGAUGUAUUAUGUCAACGUAAACGGUCUGAUCUUGCAUUGCAAAUUUUUCAGGAGAUGGAUUAUCAGGGUUGUUAUCCCGAUAGGGAAAGUUAUCGUAUCUUAAUGAGGGGUUUGUGUGGUGAUGAGAGACUUCAUGAGGCAAAGCACUUGUUGUAUUCUAUGUUUUGGAGAAUCUCUCAGAAGGGUAGUGGUGAGGAUAUUGUGGUGUAUAGGAUUUUUUUAUUUGCUUUAUGUGAUAACGGGAAAGUUCAAGAGGCAAUUGAGAUUCUUGAAAAGAUCUUAAGGAAGGGGCUUAAGUCUCCUAAGAGUUGUCGCCAUCGUAUGGAUCUUAGUCCAUGUAAUACUGGUGAAGAUAUAGAAAGGACUAAGUGUUUGAUUAGUGAAGCUUUGAUCAGAGGAAGUAUUCCCAGUUUGCGUAGUUACAGUGCAAUGGCUGUUGAUCUAUAUAAAGAAGGUAGGAUUGGUGAGGGUAAUAAACUGCUUGAUGAGAUGCGAACUAAAGGCUUUUGGCCAUCACUGGUGAUUUAUGAAGCAAAAUUGGCAGCUUUGUGUAAAGAAGGCAUGGUUAAUGAAGCAGUUAAGGUGGUUGAGGAGGAAAUGGUGAAAGGAACUUCAUUGCCCACUGUUAAAGUGUAUAAUAUCUUAUUGAAAGGCCUAUGUGAUGCAGGGAAUUCAAGAGUUGCGGUUGGCUAUUUGAACAAGAUGGCUAAACAGGUUGGCUGUGUUGCUAACGAGGAAACUUAUGGCAUUUUAGUGGAUGGGUUGUGUAGAGAUGGCAGGCAAUAUGAAGCAAUGAUGUGGUUGGAGGAGAUGAUCAGCCAGGGGAAGCUGCCAGAGCCUUCUGUUUGGAGCUGCUUGGCAGCAUCUGUAUGCUGCGAUAUGGCUGACAUGAACGUUUGCUAUAAGACCUUUGAGCAGCUAAGUGGUGGUGAUACAAAUGCUGUUUAAGCCUCAUCUAACUGAGGGGAUAGAAGGUAACUGAAACACCUUUUGUAGGAUCUGCCUAUCUAUAUACAGGGUUCUAGAAGUUCUGCCUUUCAACCAUGUGAAUGAAUCAACAAGUUAAAGUCUUCAAGAUUGAGCAAAAGCUUUUCUUUUUUGAGAUGGAUGGAAAACAUUUUUGGGCAUAAAUCAGAUUAACUGAAAAAACAGAUUUCAUUGAUCUGGAAUGUGCAGUGGCUAGAGGAUAAAUUUUAGAUGCUGUUGGUGAAAGAUCCAGGUCACACUUAUUCAGAAACUUUAAUGACCAUGCCUAUCUGUGUGGAUAGAUAAGUAAAGAACUCCUUAAUUAGAGGCAAUGAAGGAUAUCAUAAAAGGUGGCAGAAGCAUCAGGGCCAUGACUAGAGGCCGAAUCAGCUGUCAGAAGCCAAAGAAAACAGAUUUGGGAUUGUUAUUGAAUUUGAACCGUACAAUUCCAGGUGAUAAAGCAAUAUUCUUCAGUCAUAAUCUAAAAGAAGCAGAAAGGUUGGAUUCUUUGGGUUUUUGUUGACUAUAUGAUAAAAUUCAUGUACAGCUGAGUUGAUGGCCUUCAUAUGUUUACACCAGAACAGAAACACCAGAGUGCAGGGGGUGGGUUUGUUCAUGGCUACCUCUUAACUAUAAUGUGAAGAGAGUCAAGGAGAGUUUUGGUGGGUUAGGCUUAGGUAGACUAAUUAUUGGUGCUCUCUCCUCCUGUGUGCGUUGAAGAAGAUGGUAGAAAGCUAUGUGUUAGGUUGGUGUUAUCUUGUGUGGCUUGGAAGCAGCACAAGGGUUUCAUGCCUACUUAUGCCAAAGUCUGUUCUUCACUAGAUUUCGUAUAAUAGACUUAAAAUGAUAAUUGAAUUAAUAUGUUGUCUACUGUUAGGAUUAAUCGCAGGAAUCCUUUAUUUAUAUCUUAAUUUACUAGCCUUGUUAUAUACUUUGUCAUGAUCCAAGUGAAAUGAAUUCAUAAAUGAGUUUAUUUUUGUCAUC